CCCAAAUCGUCCGCCGCGGCCCGCAGGCGCUGGUGGCCGCAUCUCCCCCGUCCGGCGCCUCCCGGCGGGUAACUCGCUCACUCCACCACCUGCAAGAAUCAUUUCUCAUGCCCUAUUAGCAAGCAUAGACGCCGCACUCGCUCUCCCGCCGCCUUUUCCCGAGCAUCGUGUUUACCCUUCUGCCCCCCUUUUGCCAAUUCCGGAUGCGGAACCUGCGGCUGCGCUCCGGACGGCGUCGAGCGGGUCGGCGCUCCCAUCCGGUCGUGGAUGGAUGCCGGCAGCGACCGUGGAGGUUGCUGUCGAGGAAUCAGGGUGUCGUGUCGAUCUCUAGGCUCCCCUUGGCGUAGUGCGGAGCUUUCCGUCGCUUGCCUAGUUGGCCCCCUUCAUGGAUGUCGCCAUGAAGGAAUAGGUUCUUACGUGACAUUGAAUCAAUCAAGGCAAGAGGCGAGAUGGCUUAAAACCGCGUGAUCUUUAUUUUCUACUACUGGAAUGAAAAUGAUAGCGCACACUUACAUGGUAUUUCAUUUAACUUCGAGUGUUGGGUUCUAUCUUUCACACAAUAUAUAUGUAUGCAGAGGAAGUCGAUUGCUUGUGGUUCUGGUGUUUAAUGUCAUGUAUUUCCUGAGUCUCAUUGCUGCCAGGUGUUAGAGCUCUGGUUGUGCAUCAACUGAACUAGGGAAAUAUUUAAUUAGUUUAGUGAUCUCAUGGUUGGAUUGGUGAUCUCAGACCACAGUCUGGCCUCAAAACUUAUUUUAGAUGUGUUAGAACCAACGGUGGAUGUGCAUUGUUAGGUUACUUUUAAGUUACUAUCAACGCAGAAAAUAAAUAAACAGAAAUAUACAGGUUCUUCAGUUUCUGUGUGGAUUUUGAGUGUGAGGGAAUAAUGAGGCAAAUCUACGUACACGUAGGCAAGAAGCCGAGAACAGAUACCAACUAAGCUGUCAAAAGUAAUGAAUCAUACAUGCAAAACAAAACCAAGAAAGCAUCUCCUUUUGGAGGACCAAUGGACCAUAGAUAUGAUAAAGACAUAAACAUGCUUUUGGAGGUACUGCCACAAAUCUAGUUCAUGCUGAGCUACACGUAUGCUAGAUUUAGACUAUGGAAUUUGCAUACAUCGAUGCUAUAAAGGGAUUUCUGAUGGCUUGGUUGCAUAAGCCAUAGAGCAUGGAUAACCUCGAUACGUGGAAGCAGAUAUAUGUGAUGUGCAGAAAUAUCUGAAUUUUACCCUGGUGCUUCAUGUUUGCUCAUUCUACUGCAAAAGGACAUCAGAGUGAAAACUCAAAUUCUGUAGGAAACGAUAAGAGUAUGAGAAGUUUCUUUCCUUCGAAAUGCUUAAAACUGCAUAUUGCUUUGUGUAGAGACCUCUACUGCACCUGCCUGUCUAUAUGCUGGAUAAAACAUCGGAGUGGCAUGUUUUGUCUGUUUGACUCUAAGCUAUCAGUACACCAACAUGAUGUAUAUGGUAACCCAACAUAAAAAACAAAGAGUGAUAGAACCAUCAGUUAUAAUUUUUUCUUAUAGGUAAGGGCAUGCAUAACAUGGAGGAUAGGUAGGGCACUAGCCACCUAAAUUUAUGCUUUCUCAGAAGACCUGAUGUGUAUGUCUUUGGGCCAUAUUUAGUUGUAAAUGUAUUGUUAAAACUAACUUUUUAAUGACCUUUGCCAUAGUAUCAUGUGAGAGCACAAUCCUCGAUGUGGUUUUACAGAAAGAGGGCGGUGCCUAUUGAGGUAUUUGAUAGCAGAACUGCGAUAUAGUUUGGUUGCUUGUUAGAAAUGCCGUGAGCAUGGUGAACAUUGGUCUUGUAGACAGAAAAAUAUUGCCACAAGAAUGUUCACUAGACAAAGGGAAAGGGAUGUCUCUGUAGGGAUGGAUAGUGAGAUUGUGCUUUGGUAUCUUCCUGGACCCACCUUGGCAGUCAGAAUGAGGGAUUUGCAAAAAAGGAUAGAUAAGGAAUUUAUCCCUCUGUAUAUGCAACCAUCAUUCAGGGACAGUACUGACUGUGUAGCUUGCAGGUAGAAAAUAUUUGUGUCCAUUUACUCUCAUGGGAAUGAUCAAUCCAGAACGUGCUUUUUCCUGAGUUGUUCCCUGUAUAGGCUUUUUGGUUAUUUCAAUUUCUUUUAUCCAUGCCAGAUACUAUUAUCAAGUUGUGAUGCUGACUGGGGCUGAAGAGCAAUCAUAGGAUCAAUCAUUGAAUGAAUCUAUUUUACUCCUUUUGCGGAACAAAUGUUUGUUUUGCCACGUGGUCCAGUGUGCUGAGAUCCUUUUUCUAUCACAAUUGGAAGGAACUAUUGCAAUUUGUUUCUUUGUCCAACUUUUCUUUCGCUGAGGCUCAAAGUAAGCAUUUCGUGGAUCUGUUCUAAUUCUCCAUCGUUCUCUCAGAUUUUAUCACAAGAACAUGUUUGAACUUUGAGGGGCAUGAAAAGAUAUCUUGUUCUAUCUUCCUUCCUUUGUCCGAUAACAGUGCGACCUAUGACAAUUUGUCGCAUACAGAUUUUUUCCUGAAAUCUCAGGACAACUUUACACAUAAAGGUCACAGUAUCCUACUGUUAUUACCACAAAUCAGUUAACCAUUAGCUGAACAAGAUACCGAUGUAAGUUAAUCAUAUUUUCUUUUUUUUAGGUGAAUGAAUCGUUUUUUUGAGUUAGGUUGCUUGCCCCACAGGUAUUAGUUGAACACCAGUUCGAUGUUAAUAAACACAGAAUGAGAACACUGCUUGGUUUACCCUUGAUUUCUUCUUCGACUGUGCUUUUUAUAUAUGAGUUGGUACCUAUAGGGAAAGUUGCCAUCUACAGGCUUAUCUCAGGUUGUGUGGUAGGCUACUAUAGGUGUUAGCAAAUGAAAGCUUAAAGUGUUGUUUAUGUUGUAACUCCUGUGGUUUAACAAAUUAUAGGAACAGUAGCUUAACUGAAUUGUAAUCUCAGGCCUGAUUAAUUUCCUUUUGAACUAGUUCUUUUUUCAUCUGAUAAUGGAACAAAACAUAUUGCACUUGGGACUUCUCCACUUGUUGAAAUGUGUGUAUGUAUUCUCUGACUUCUGGGCAAUCAAUCAUGAGAAAUUUUUGCAUUUGAGGCUGUAAAUUCGUUUGAAGUUCACCCUAAUCAAACUGUAUUUACUGCAUGUAGAGGGGCACUAAAACAAUAUACGAUAUCUCGCUUUAGGUGUGGCCAUGCCAUGUUACUCUACAAACAAACGGUGCUUCCAGCUAACAUUCUGUUUGGGUGGUGUUUGCUGGUAGAUAGCCCAUGUUCCUUGAAAUUGGAUAUUGCUCUCCAUUGCUUUGAACUGUCGUAGUGAUUAACCAAUCUGGAGUGGUUCAAACCUCCAAUGGUUUCCUCACACUUGUUUUACUUGAACCACUGUAUAUCUUAGAAGAGCUAGAGCAUACGGGAAUCCGCAUAUAUUCAAGUCGCUCUCCAAAAUGUGGAUAGCUUUUGUACACCGUGGCAAUCAAAUCACCUAUGCAUGCAAGAUGCUAACCUUUGCUAUCCAGAGGUUAGAAUAUCUGCACUUCACUUAUGUUUGGUGGGCAAAUAGUAACAGCCUCCACGGCUAUAUAUAUGCAUCCAAGGUUCAACUUUUCUAUAUCCGUCGCUCCUACAAGUUAUAUGUGCAUUGUGAAGCUUGCUCUAACCUGUACGAACUUCACUUUGCCACUUAUUCACUCGUUCAUUCAUAUAAAUGGAUUAUUCUAAUUUGAGGCGACAAGCUGCUUCUUUGAAGAAGGGCCUCUUUGAUCAGGGUCACCUUGAUGAGCAGUUUCGUCAGGUGGAAGACUUGCAGGAUGAAGCUAGUCCUAAUUUUGUGGAAGAAGUUGUGGUGGUGUUCUUCAAAGAUUCUGGCAGGCUAAUAUCAAACCUUGAGCAAGCUCUGGAGAAGUACCCCAGAGAUUUCAGCAGGUGGGAUGCAUACAUGCAGCAACUGAAAGGCAGCUGUUCCAGCAUCGGUGCUUCUAGGAUGAAGAAUGAAUGCAUGUCAUUCAGGGAUAACUGUGGGCAACGAAAUGUUGAAGGUUGCAUGGGGUCUCUCCAGAAACUGAAGAGGGAGCAUGCCAUCCUGAGGCAGAAACUAGAAUCCUAUUUCCAGCUGCUGCGACAAGCUGGUCCUGCUGGAGCGGCCACUAGACCUGCCAUGUAAAUACUGGAGAGCUUUUGGCGUUGGCAAGGCGCACUAAUUAUGGAGCAAGUACUCCGGAAAUACUAAUCCCAGCCUCUGCAUCAUAUCUUGCUGGGAGUAGGCGCAACUCUGCCGCCGGUACAGCAAAUCAAUAAUACUGGAUAUGAUAUUCCUACUUAGAUAUGACGAUACUCGUUUAUAAAAGGAAAUAAGGAGAGAUGAGAGGCAUGCAAGUAAAUACGAGAGUGAAAGAUGGAAUCGGAUUUGCUUGUUUCUAAUAAAGAUGCUGUUUAUCGAGCUAUUUGCUCUCAGCAAACUUUCUUCCUGGUUA